CCCAGAUCUUCUAAACCCAAAAAAACAAACACAAUCUAGAGAUCUUCCUUUGUAAUCUUUGUCUUUCCAAAACUUUUGACUAUUUUUCCUACCAAUAAUAGAUAAAAAGUCAAAACUUGUAUCAAUACAUUUUGGUUUUGCAAACUUUCAAGUUUCAAGAAAGAAAAAACAUCAUGGAUUCUUCAGGAAGAAGAUUGAGCACCUCUGCUUCGAUUUCACGACACCAAAUAUUUUCUUAUUAUAAUUCUUUUAGUAAUCUUGUUUCAAAUGACACCAUGAAUGAAGAACUGAAUUCGAGUUUGUUUAAUUUCGACAACGAAAUUGAUAGUUCAAAUCAGUUUCUUACACCCUUUUCACCUUCUUCUUUCAUCCCUACAUACCCAAAUCAGUUCUUUGAUUCUCCUUCUUUCCUAUUCAAUUCUAAUAUUAUUUCAACUCCAGCAUCAGGGAAUUAUUUUGGUUAUGAUAUUGAAGAGGGAAAAACAAAUGUUUCUGAUUUAGUUUCUCGAUCGCAAACGAGUCCUGCUACCAUUUCUAGAAACAAGAUGGAGGAUUCUUUGAAAAGUCAAGUUCUAGAUUGGAAUGGCAAAAGUGAACCCAAACAAAUUGGCUUCUCCAUGGAAAUCAGCAAAAUAAAACCAGAACCAGAAUCACUACACUCUCCUCAUAAAGGUUGCAAGUUGUACCCAAUUCAAGCUAGCAAAACACAAAGCAAGUUUGAAGAUGGUUAUAACUGGAGAAAAUACGGUCAAAAACAAGUCAAAGGAAGCAACAAACCGCGUAGUUACUACAAGUGUAGUUAUCCUGAUUGUCCAUCUAAGAAGAAAGUGGAGAAGGACUUAAACGGGUAUAUCGCUCAAGUUAUUUACAAAGGGAAGCAUAAUCAUCCAAUGCCACAUAACAUGAAGACAUUAUUGUUAAACUCGACCGAAAACACAAUGUUUGAUUACUCUAUUGAUAAAAAUCGUUUUGAGUCCUCUUCUCAAAAUUCCUUCGCUUCUUUUGGGGAAGACGAGUAUGAUCAAGACUCUUCGCUUAGCAAAUCGGGCAAUGACUAUGAAAAUGAGACCGACUUUCCCAACGCUAAGAGAUGGAAAAUAGACGAGGCUGAGAGUGAAGAAAUAGCGUAUGUUGGGAGUAAAGCUGUUCAAGAACCGAAGGUAGUUAUUCAAAUGAAAAGUGAGAUCGAUAUUCUUGAUGAUGGAUAUAAAUGGAGGAAAUAUGGACAAAAAGUAGUUAAAGGAAAUCCAAACCCAAGAAGCUACUACAAAUGCACAAACAUAGGUUGCCCUGUGCGAAAGCUUGUGGAACGAGCUUCACAUGAUUUACAAUCUGUGAUCAUAACUUAUGAAGCUAAACACAACCAUGGUGUACCUUCACGUGGUGUUGGCAGUUAUGCCACCACCCAACCACCUAAGUCUAGCACCACAAAGGCUAGCAACCACUGCAAGACCGAGACAUCUAUGUAUUUGCCAGACUACUCGUAUAAUGUUCAAUCCAAUGAUUUUGGUUUCAUGGAAACUUCAUAUCCGAAUCAAGAUUGGAUUAGGGAGAAGUUUAAGGAAGAACCACAAAAUGACUUCAUCUACAACUCAUUUUAGACAUAACUCAUGAUGAUGAUGCUUGAAUUUAUUGUAACAUUAUGUACAAAAUUUGACCUUUAUAAGUGAAAAAUACUACCCAAAGCCAAUUUACAUGAAAA